CUAUUUGAUUUGCCUUUCAUAGUCAGGGUGGAACCUAGGGCAGAAACCUAGGAAACCCUGAUAAAGACUACAUCAGCUGUGUAAAUUGCAGCCUGGUACGCUAAAACUUUCAGCAAAUGUUUGUACUCUUACUGACAUAUUGCCAAUUGCAAAGUAUAUUUCUUAAAAGUAAAUGUUCACUUAACACAAUAUUUGCAUUGUUAUCGUUUACAGGCACUUGCUCGCCGACUCUGAACCCAAACACUGCACAUCGGAACCUCCAGAUUUCUGCCGACUUUAAAACCGUCAGGACUUCCACACACACCCAACCUUACCCUGACAACUCAGGCAGGUUUGACCACUACCAAGUGGUCAUUUGCUCUGAGAAAUUCGUGUUCGGUCGCCACUACUGGGAGGUGGACGUGAGAGGUUGUGAGAAAUUCGUCAUCGGUGUCACGUAUGACGCGAUACCACGGAAAGGUGAUGACGAAGCCUGUAAAAUUGGGUUCAAUGAAGUUUCGUGGAGCCUUAAGAAACGGGGCAACGCCUACACGGCGGUACAUAACGAGACAGAAACAAAACUGCCGGUGCGAGAUGCUCCCAAAAGAGUCGGGGUUCACCUGGACUGGGAGGCGGGCGUCUUGUCAUUCUACAGCGCCGACUCCAUGUCGCUGCUGCAUCGAUUUCACGGAAAAUUUGAUCGAGAGCUGUACCCUGCAAUGGCCGUGCUGUGCGAAAGUCUCUCAAUAUGCCCGUUGCCUUACUUAGACGCUCGUCGUUAGCGAUGAGAGGCUCCUAUUUGAGCGGUCGCCAAUGCGACCCCUGUAUGUAUGUAGAGUAGCUCCCUGGCCAACCGCGAGGGUUCAGGUUCCUGAAAACCCUCGCGUUUGAUAAAGUUACAAGGGGCAUAUGGGUUGUAGGGGUUAGGGGAACCACGCGUGUGGCUAGUCUCGUCAUUGCUUAACUAAGUUUCCUAUUUAUUUCCUAAACUGUUACGUAAUAAAAAAAUAUAAACACGACAUUAACUUCACAUACCUUUAAAUAUUCACGAUGAUUAUAAUUAAGAAGUAUUAACGACGAUGAUGAUGACGAUGACAAUGAGAUGAUGGGGAAGGGCUGGUUAGAAGGAGGAGGGGCUCAGCCCAGCCAUGCCCCCUUCAGACCACAGACGCAACUCCCUCUCAUUCUCGCUGCAUGCUUGGGUCCAUGAUUAAGGGCAAAAUGAAUGUGCAC